AUGGAUGUAGAAUGUGGCCGCACAAAACCGAUCGAUUACGACGCACUCGAAAAAGCGUGGGAGUUAGGGGAUGAUCAGCAUGAGCUGACCACGGAGGGAGACGAACAUUUUCGACAGCUCGGUGAUAGAAAUGCAGAGGAGAUUAAGAUGUCUGGACCACAAAUGAUAUUUGUGACUCUGAAGAAAGGUCACAAUGAGCCUCUUACAGACGUUGCGUCUAGGUGGAAAGAGAUGCUGUGGAAUGGAGGAGUUGACGUUAACAUAUACCAAGUGGAUGAUUCAAAACUGCUCAUUGGACUGCAAAAGGGCAUUUUUGUAAAUGAAAUUAUGACGUUUCUUCACGAGCAGCAAGAUGUGAAGGAAUACGAGUGGAAUAGUAAAUCGUCUUCAAGCGAAAAUCGCCAACGUUACAAUCUCAAACGGCUACAAGUGGGGCCAAAGAAGACGAAUACACAAAAGGUCCCAUCAGGAUAUAAAUUAAGCAAAACUUCAGACGGUAAAACGCUGAGUUCCAAUAAGGCGAAAACUUUAAAAGAUCAAUGGCAAAAUGAGCUGUAA